UAACUGCUAGAGGAUUAUGGGAGCCCUAUGCGGAAAUGUGACGCCGGUACAGAGAGUUACAAGUGAUGUGUUAGCUCUGUGAGCAGUAUUCCACGAACAAAUCGCCACAAAAAUCACUUUUUUAAACAUUGAGAAUGCCUCCAGGACUACGGCGCAAUUUCUGGGACGAUUACGAGCCCGCAUCGCUGGUAAAUGUAGACUGUUUCUUACCAACAGGAGUCGUGAUUCAGUUACAAGUUCGCAUCGAAGCUCCGUUGUCAGAGAUUAAAAAUCGACUAUGGAGAGAAGCCAGCUCUUAUCCCUUGUUUAAUUUUCUCAAAGAUGCUGCGAAUUACAUAUUUGUGUGCGUGAAUCAGAGAGGAAAGCAGGAGGAACUACUGGAUGAAACUCGCCAGCUAAUCGACGUGCGUCCUUUUAGACCCUUGCUGAAGCUCGUACAAAAACAAGGUGACAACGAGGAAAAACUCUUCGACUCCCACAUUGGCAACCUCAUCGGUAAGAGCUUGCACGAGUUCGAUCAAAUGCAGAACACAGAAGUGGACGAUUUCCGUCGAAAGUAUCGGCAGUUUGCCGAGAAAAUCGCUUGUGAGAGGCGUCAACUUGACUGGAUUGGACGAGCUAUGUAUGCGUACCCUCCCGAAGUCGAAAGCACUGAUCCACCAGAACGGAUCGAAGAGAAAUUAAUGGAGAACAGGCGUUUCUUGGUAAAUGUGGCCAUCAAGAACAACAGGGCCUCAAUAAAAGACAUGCAUGCAUUUAAUGUUCCUGCUGAUGCAUAUCCAGACGAGCUUCUGGUAUUGGUAUUGAGGAAAAGAGGUGCAAUCAUGGGGGUCUUAGAUCUCGACAAACCGAGUGAUUACGUACUGAAGAUUGUUGGACAAGAAAGCUACCUACUAGGAAAUUAUCCGUUAUUGCAGUACACGUACAUUCGCACUUGUGUAUCCAAAGGAAUCAGGCCAAUGCUUUCACUAGUGCUUCGUUCAUCACUUCAAGUAGAGGUGCUUGAUGUUAAGGAUUUAAGUCGCAGAAGUCUAGGUGGCAGAGCACCACCUCUACCUACAAAGCCACAGACAACAAGCUUGUCACUGUGGAAUAUUGAAAAUCAAGUUAAAAUCAAGAUUGCUUCAGCCACAAAUGUGAAUGCAGGAGACCUAAUGAGGGUUGGUGUCCGAGCAGGUAUCUAUCAUGGGGGAGAGGCAUUGUGCGACAUCAAAUCCACAAGGGCAGAGAGUGGAUCAAAUCCAACAUGGAAUCAGUUCUUGGACUUUGAUUUAAAAGUGGCAGAUAUUCCUCGAAUGGCUCGCUUGUGCCUUGUGAUUUAUGGCGUAACCAACAAUCCUCAGAAGAAGUCAAAAAAGAAGAAGGAGGAAACAAUUCCUGUGGCAUGGGUCAACACAACUCUAUUUGAUUACCAAGGUAAACUUCGGCAAGGUCCACUGAAACUCUUUGCAUGGCCAGUACCUGAAACAAUGGCUGACCAACUGAAUCCUGUGGGCACAGUUGUUUCCAAUAUCGACACUGUAACCUCAGUGUCACUUGAUAUUGCUUUCUCAACUUACUCAGACCCAGUACUUUACCCAUCAUUUGACCAGAUUGCUGAGCUGGCAGCACAAGUUACGGAUUCUGACAUUUUCGGACGAGCAGAUGAGUCAGUACUUGAUCAGCUAAAGCAGAUAGUCAAUCGUGAACCCUUGGCUCCUAUCUUUGAGCAAGAAAAGGAGCUUGUUUGGCAGCGCAGAAUUGAUUGCCGUGAACAUUUUUCACAUGCUUUGGCAAAACUGCUUUGCUGUGUGAAGUGGAACAGUAAUAAGGAUGUUGCUUUGAUGCAAAUCCUGCUUCAAACAUGGCCAGAGCUUGAGCCAGAGGUGGCUUUAGAACUCUUGGAUUAUACAUAUGCUGACCAAGAAGUGAGAAAAAUUGCAGUGAAGUGUAUUGAAAAGAUGAGAGACUCAGAGAUCCAACAGUAUCUUCUUCAGCUUGUCCAGGUUCUAAAGUAUGAAUCAUAUUUGGACUGUGACUUGGCAGAGUUUUUGCUCCGGAGAGCUUUAAAGAAUCAGCACUUUGGCCAUGAGCUGUUUUGGCUUCUCAGGGCUGAAAUGGAAAAUCCUGGAGUUUCAGUGAGGUUUGGUUUGAUGUUAGAAGCAUAUUGCCGUGGUGCCCCGACACACAUGAAAAGCCUUCAGCACCAGGCCCAAGCACUCAGCAAGAUGAAAGCUGUUACUGAGUUACUUCAGCUAAUUGACAGGGAAAAAAAGGAAAAAGGUUUGGCAACAAUGAAAGAGCUCCUUCGUCAGAAAACGUAUCAAGGAGCACUCUCCAAAAUCAGCUCUCCUCUUAAUCCAAGCUACAAGCUGCGGCAACUGAAUGUCGACCAGUGCAAGUUUAUGGAUUCCAAGAUGCGGCCACUUUACUUGGUGUUCGAAAAUACGGACGAGCUGGGAGACCUGGUGCGCAUUAUCUUCAAGAAUGGAGAUGAUCUCCGUCAGGACAUGUUGACUUUACAGCUGUUUAAAAUCAUGGAUAGGAUCUGGCAGAACGAAGGACUGGAUUUAGGAAUGAUCCCCUACGGAUGUUUGUCCACGGGAAGCUCUAUAGGAAUGAUCGAGGUCGUGCACCAAGCUGAGACCAUAGCCAAGCUUCAGAAAAAGAAAGGAAUGACUGCUGUUUUUGCCAAAGAGUGUAUCUGGAACUGGUUCAAGGACUAUCACUCUACUGAAGACGAACUGUUCGAAGCUGUACGCCGUUUCACGCUCUCCUGUGCGGGGUACUGUGUGGCCACAUAUGUUCUGGGGGUGGGUGACAGGCACAGCGAUAACAUCAUGGUGAAGAAUACAGGACAGUUAUUCCACAUUGACUUCGGCCAUAUCUUGGGUAACUUCAAGAGCAAGUUUGGCGUGCGGCGAGAAAGAGUGCCUUUCGUACUUACUGAUCAUUUUGUACAUGUGAUUUCCUUGGGUAAAGGAAGAGAUACGAACGAGUUUAAAAGAUUUCAACAGCUUUGUGAAGAAGCCUUUCUCAUACUGCGUCGCAAGGGCCCACUUCUGAUCAACUUGUUCGUCAUGAUGUUAUCCGCAGGCCUCCCUGAACUGCGGUCACUUGAUGACAUUGGUUACUUGCGAAAAACACUCCUCUUGCCCGUAUCGGAAGAUGAUGCCCUCAGAGACUUCAGGAGUAAAUUCGACCACGCUAUCAACAACAGCUUUUCGACAACAAUGAACUGGUUUGCGCACAAUGUAAAAAGGGACAAUCCCUGAAAAAUAAAUUACGUCGUCUUCUGCUAAUGAGUGCUGUAGCGUCAAUUCCUUCCACAGACCCCUCGAUGUUUGGGUCACCACAAGAACGUUCACGGGGAGGAGGGGAAAGAAUUUUUUGGUCAUGAAAUGACGUCAUUACAGGAGCUUGUCAAUCAACAGGAGACAACAAAUAGUAAAUUUCGGUGGCCUCUCUAUGAGAAGGAUAUGUAGACACAUACAUUUUUUACUUUGAAUGUAUUAAAAUCAUAUUUGUGAACUAUGGAUGUAGAAAUUGAUAUUAGAGCAGUCUUCGCUGUAAUGAAAAUAAGGCCUGAAAAGAAAAAAAAAAGUCUUAAGUCCUGUACGGGAUUUGAACUCAGUACUUUUGCGAUACCGGUGCAGUGCUCUUCUCACUGAGCUAACAAGCCAACUGGGAGCUGGUUAUUAUGCUGGUUUUUAAUAUACCCAUGAAUUGAUGAAUAAAAUGUCUGUGAAUAUGUGCAAAUCAUACAUGUGAAUUGCGGAUUAGGAGAUUAAUAUGAAAGCGAUCUUCGUAAUAAAGAACACUGCUUAAGCAGGAGUGGAAAUAAGGCGAUCAUAUCUUCAUGAAA